AUGAACGACCAAGCCCCGGUGGCGACGCACGUCUUCCCUCCAGGGCAGUCGCCCCUCGAACGACUCCCUGAUGAGAUCAAGCUAAGAAUCGGCUGCUGCCUGAAAGACUCUCCACCUGUACAAGUCGACGCUCGAGACGGGAACAUCUGGAUCGCCUAUAACAACAAUGCCGUUCCGCAACAGUCCUGGACAGAGACCGAUGUCAUGAGCGAGGACCUCGACCAUCGGGAAGAUUAUGACUCGAUACUCGCCCUCGCCUCCACAAGUACCAGACUAUGCAACGUCUUCUUCAACGAGUACUCCAAGAAGCACGGUCUUCAAAACACCCUCUGCAGAAGCAUCGACAAAGGCUACAUCAAUCUUGUCCACCGAGCAGUCGAGGAGGGAGCCGAUAUGAACCAGAUGGGUACCAAACUCGAGUACAGAAGAACACCGCUGAGGCUCGCUGUCGAGGUAGCCCAGCUUCCCGUAGUUCUCUACCUCCUCCGACGCGGAGUUGACAAGGCCGACGAGCUGGUGAUGGGUAUCCUGCGCGACCCCCUCUAUCAAAGAGUAGCCGACCAGAUCAGCGAUCAAGAAGUAGCUGUUCAUAUCAAGAACAACUGUCGUUGCACUUUUCUCCCCAUGCUUUUGGCAGCCGCCUUGAGUGGCUACACGUCCAAGUUCACAUCGCGUUUGCCAUUCGAGACCCAGAAGGCACUCACUCCGACUGGCCGGCACCUCUGGUUCAUUCUUCGCACGUGCAUGAAAUGCCAGUGGGAAUGCGGCUGCGGCGCAAAUGAAGAUGGAGAAUGCCCAAUGCGCCUCAUCAGUCUCCUCCAGCGGUAUGGCGCGAAGUGGACGCCAUGCGAAGCCGUCGAGUUUGCGCUCCCGGCCGACGACUUUUGUAUGGUCAUUGGGCAACAGUCCCCAGGCUCCCAAAGCAUCAACAUUUAUCGUUACAGCAACGGCGGAAUGUUGCAGACCGGCCAUGAUGCGUAUUCUGACACACCCAGACGUGGGGCCGCUGACUUCGCUCGAUUCAAGCCCACUCCCCCAAGGACCAAGACCGGAUACAGCGACCCCAGCCUCGUCAAGCCUUCAGUAGCCGGUGCCAUGGAUCCCAGCCUGCUGAGAAACAAAGCCUACCAGCGAGACCAUUGCCUCCCGUUCAUCACCGCGCUCCUGGAGCACGGAGUCUCUACUGAGGAGGGCGACCUGGCACACGCAAUGAACCUCGCAAGCAACCCAGCCAGCGCGGCCAUGUCCAUCCCCGUUGUGAGAGUCCUCCUGAAGUACGGCACCAAGGCCGACGAGCCCGGCGCCAUGGAGACGGCGAUGCGCCUGGCGUGCAUGGAGACAACCAAGGAUGCGGCCAUGGCGUUCGUCUCUCUACUCCUUGAGUACGGCGCCAGCCCCAGUGCGAGGGAGCUGCAGGACGAGAUACAGGGCGCGGCCGAGAAGUGGUGGAUUCAAGCUGCCUGGCAGUCUUCGGGCGUGUUUCAUCAGAUCCUGAGACUUCUCGAGGAGCACGGCCUGGAUAGCCACAUUGCGGGUGGGAUUCUUGCUAUACUGGGUCUGUACCAUAGCCCUCUGACUGAAGGCGAUGAUGCCCAGGAUGAUAUGUGA